UUGCUGCAAAAUAAUGGAAAAUAACCAAAAAGUUUCACAUGUGCAAUCACAUCACGCUGACGAGUUCACACAAACUGUUCGAUUGAAACAACACGAGUCAAUGAUAUAUAAUCAUUAAUUUAUAAUUAGUUAAUAGCAUUGCAUAGAAAAAUGACGGUGAAGAUGGCUGUAACUCCGCGUGCUGUGGUCACCGAAACAUACUCGGACAGUAGCGAUGAAGAAUUCUCGUCGCAGGAAGAAGAACUUGCACAUGCCGUUGAAGAUUCACCAGCAGAAAGCCCACAGACACAUAACAUAGAAGUGAAUUCUAAUGAACAAGACGACGAGGAUGAAGAAGAAGAUGAUGAAAAUAUUGAGGAAGAGUCAGUUGAUGAUCAAGAACAGAAUGAAUCUGAUGACGAUGGGGAUGAUGAAGGUGAUGAAGAUGCAGAGGAAGGUGAUGAUACCAACAUAGGCUGGGCUGACUCAAUAGCCAAGAUUUUGAAAACAAAUAAACCUAAGAAAAAGAAGACUCUUGUACUGUCCAAAGCAAAGAAACUGAAUGAUCCAGUUAAAGCUAAACCAAAGCCAGUUGGUUUCCAAGUGGAGAAGGAAGAUGGUGUGAUUGCGGAAGAGCAGAUCCUGCCAGAGGAAGAUACAGACAAAAAAGAUGUUCCCGAAGGACCGCCACGUAAAAAAAAACGUGAUAUUCAAUGUCUGCGCGUGAAACCAAAUGUUCUCGAGAAGGAUCGCGAGCGCUUACUAGCGAAAAUAGCAACAAAAGGCGUCGUGCAACUGUUCAACGCCGUUAAACAACAGCAGAAAGACAUCCAGACAAAAUUGGAUAAGGCUGGACCUUUGGAAGUUAAGCGAGACAAAGUGUUUAAGAGCAUCGAUAAAUGUUCGUUUUUGGACAAUCUUAUGGGCGACAAGAGCAAAUCAAUUGAAGUUGGAAGUCAAGCUCAAACACAAUCAAAUUCCCAGGUUAAAAAUAGCGAUGUUUCUACUUGGAAAGUGUUGACGAAUGAUUUUAUGAUGAAGAGCAAUAAGAUGAAGGAUUGGAACAAGCCCAUGGAGGGUGAGGAUGAGGAGGAGACGCAAAUGGAAGUUGAACAGGAGAUGGAGAGUGAUUAGUUGUUGUUAUACAAUGUUUAUUUAAAUUUGUAAUAAAAAUUAUAUAAAAAAACAUAAGAUAAACUGA